GCGGAGGAAAAGCUUGGAGAGCGGCAAGCGGGGAAGCAGAAGCGCGCGGCGCGUCUGCAGGCGAGGCGUCCCGAGCGGGAACUCAGGGGAAAGGAGCGCGAGGAGGAGGCGAAAGAGGCUGGCAACUUGGCGCGCUUGACCGACGGCAACCGGGCUGGAGAAAGAGGCGCCACCCCUCUCGCAGCUCCUCUCUGGCUGCCUCCAGAAGGAAAAAGUGAGCGGGAAAGGAGCGCGUCGGAAAGGCGGGAAAGCUGAGAGAGCGCGAGCGGGAAGCGUCGCCAUGCACUUCGGAGACGGGGCCGGCGGUUCCCCGGCCUGGGGAGCGCCGCCGUCCGCCUGGAACGCGAGCGAGGCGGAGGAACCGGGCGGCAGCGGCGCCAACGGGAGCAGCAGCAACCGCUACGGGCGGGACGAGGAGCUGGCCAAGCUGGAGGUGGCCGUGCUGGCCUUGACGUUCGCCUUGGCGGUGCUGGGCAACUCCUUCGUGCUGCUGGCGCUGCACCGGACCCCUCGCCAGAAGGCGUCGCGCAUGCACCUCUUCAUCCGCCACCUGAGCCUGGCCGACCUGGCGGUGGCUUUCUUCCAAAUCCUGCCGCAGCUGUGCUGGGACGUGACGCACCGCUUCCACGGGCCCGACGGGCUGUGCCGCGUGGUGAAGCACCUGCAGGUCUUCGGCAUGUUCGCGUCGGCUUACAUGCUGGUGGUGAUGACGGCCGACCGCUACAUCGCCGUGUGCCACCCGCUCAAGACGCUGCAGCAGCCCAGCAAGCGCUCCCGCUGCAUGAUCGCGGCCGCCUGGGCGCUCAGCUUCGUCCUCAGCCUGCCGCAGUACUUCAUCUUCUCGCUGCGCGAGGUGGAGAGCGGCUCGCAGGUCUACGACUGCUGGGCGCAGUUCGUCAUGCCCUGGGGGCCGCGCGCCUACAUCACCUGGAUCACGGGCAGCAUCUUCGUGGCGCCCGUCGUCAUCCUGGUCACCUGCUACGGCUUCAUCUGCUACCACAUCUGGAGCAACGUCCGCGACAAGACCCGACGGCGGCAGAGAUGGGAGGCGGCUCCUCCGCGAGGGGGCGCCCUGCGCAAGGGGCUGCUCCACACGCCCUGUGUCAGCAGCAUCAAGAACGUCUCCCGCGCCAAGAUCCGCACGGUCAAAAUGACCUUCGUGAUCGUCUCGGCUUACAUCGUCUGCUGGGCGCCUUUCUUCACCGUCCAGAUGCGCUCCGUCUGGGAAGACCACUCCAACUGGCAUGGUAGGUACUACCUGCUGCGCUGAGUCUCUCUCUCUCUCUCUCUCUCUCUCUCUCUCUCUCCGUCCUUGCCCCGGGAGUCUUCCUGCUCUAGUAGGAAUUCCAGAGUGACUCCGGAUUUCCACUCUGCUAGCGCUGCUGCUGGCUUCUCGGCACACAACCUGUUGCUUUCUCUAAGCGAUCAGAGUUGAAUUUUGCUUUGGCAGCAAGCCCUGAACCCGUUUCUCAACUUUGCACCCCAAGCCCAAGGCCACAUAUUUCAAUUAUUUGGAAGUAAGUGAGUGGCCCAGUCCUGCCUAUGUUUCACUGGAGCUCACUCCAGAGCAAGCGGGCAAUUUAUUUCAGGCAUACUUUCUUGGAAAACAUGCAAUCUAAAGAUGCCCGCUUAAGACCGUCUGCUCUCUGAAUGGAGUUUACUUCUUAAGGCAGUAUGCUUAGAAUUGCAACUGAAUGUUUAGAACACAGUAAUGUUAAUCUCCCAUGUUAGUUUCAGGCUUACUAAGGAGGAAAUGGAUUUAGGCUAAACAUAUCAAAUACAGUGGUACCUCGGGUUACAUACGCUUCAGGUUACAGACUCCGCUAACCCAGAAAUGGUGCUUCAGGUUAAGAACUUUGCUUCAGGAUGAGAACAGAAAUUGGACUCCGGCGGCGCGGCAGCAGCAGGAGGCCCCAUUAGCUAAAGUGGUGCUUCAGGUUAAGAACAGUUUCAGGUUAAGAACGGACCUCCGGAACGAAUUAAGUACUUAACCCGAGGUACCACUGUAUUUAAAACAGAAAAUUCAGCAUUGGACUGACGUGGACAAGGGCACUGAUUGUCUGCCAGAAAAGUUCUUGCAUGAACUCAGCGGCGUAGCGUGGAUUCUCAGCACCCGGGGCAAGGCAAGUAAUUUGCGCCCCCUAACCCGGGGCAAGGCAAGUAAUUUGCGCCCCCUAACCUCUAACCUGCCGCCGCUGCCAGCUUCUUCUUGCUGCUGCCUGGUCUGGUCUGGUGUGGUUCUCUCCCGCGCUCAGCGCUGCGCUGGGCGGCCGCUGCACUGUCCCUCCCCCAGAUAGUCCCUCGCUCUCUCUCCGCACCGCACGCCUGGCACCCACCCCCUCCACAGUGGGCGGCGACCCAGCGGCUCGGAUCGGAUUCGCACAGCCAGCACUGCAGUGAGAGAGAGUGAGUGAGCCAGGUAGGGACAGAGAGCUGCGAGUGCGAGCGCGCCCCCCCCCCAGAUGUUGCGCCCGGUGCGGCCGGUCCCCCCUGCACCCCCCACGCUACGCCACUGCAUGAACUGAGCUCCUCUGCCUUCUCCUUGCAUUUGGGUUAUAGAUGCUGGUUUGAGUAAAAUGCCUAUCGACAGUGCAACCCUGCACGUUUGCUUCAGCCCAAGACACAACUGCUGCACAACAAUGCCUCCCUCCCUCCCUCCCUCCGUCCCUCACCUAAGCCUUGGUACAAAUUUUCAUUUGGAAGUGUUUGGUAUUCUAGUAACUGAUAGGAGAAUAAUGGGUUGUUGGAAGGAAUAUAAGCUUUCUGCAUUUCAAAGUCAGAAUUGCAGUCUAUAUUUCAGUAUCAACAGGUUGAAUUUAACUCGCUCACACAAUCUCACCCUUUUAAGGGCAGCACAAGUUAUAUAUUUCUACUCAGAAGUAAGUUAAUUUGAGCAAACUCUCAUGUAAAUGGAUGUACGAUUCAGCCUCUAUCUGUAUUGAUUUGGUAGCCCCUGGUGGUAGUCUAUACAAAUAGGGGGCAUAUAUACUGAAAGAGCAGCAAAAAUACACAUUCUCAUAUAGUAAUUGUAAAUAAAAUUCAUAGGUACCUACGAUGGGUGUCAUUUUAGUAAGCACCCUGAGUCUUUAGGCAUGAAACCAAAUACAUUUAUUCUAAAGGCAUCUCUGAAGGUCCACCAAAGUAAAAUAUUACUAUUUUUUAAAAUCAUUCUCUGCAGGUUAUGCCCCCCCUCCCCCAAGUCACUAUGAGGUAGUUUAGACUUACAGAGAACAAUCAGUGUAGUGAGCUUAAUGGCUGAGUGAUGAUUAAUUAGAUCGUAUCAUGUGAUUAUUGAGCUUAUUCUAUUGGUAUGACCUGACAUAGCUAUAACAAUUCAUUUACCUGUGUCAAGUCAACUGUUCCACACAGGACUUCUCUAUCAAUCAUAGGCUUGAAGAGGUUCUUUAAAACAUUGGUUAUGUGAUUUGGUCUUCCCUGCCUUUAUUUUCUUUCGUGCAGCUGUGAGGAGCUGAUGACGGUUUGUCUGCUACAUUACAAAAAAAAAAAAAAAUGUUUAAAAGAGUCUGAAGUAAACACAAAUAACGUCCGGUUCUAGUGGAAAGUACAGAACGUAAAAUAAUUAGGGGGAAAUCUUGCUUGCAAUGUAAUUUUAAACUCACAUAAUUAUGUAAAUAAUAAUUUGAUACGUUCAUGAUCUCUAAGCCCCGCAGCUUUCUCUUAUUUUUUUUUUAAGGUUCUGUGAUAGCUAGGGUUGUUUGCGGUUAAUUGGUCUGAUGAACAACAGACAACACAAGCCAAACUUUACACUUAACUUCACAAGGGACUCAAAAUGUAUCUGCAGAGUUUUGUUUCCUUUUGCAGAAGCUAAAUAUCAAAGCAUAGCACUAGACAGUUAUAAUGGAUGAAUUUGUAAUCAUACCUCUAGAAGCUAUCUGAAAGGUUCUCCUAAGCCAUGUUUGCCAUAGCAUACAUAUUGAAAAGAAUAAUACAUAAAAUUGAAGCCUUAUCCAUUAGAACCACAAUAAGGCAAUUAACUUGUCAGAUUGUGUGAGACACUCAUGACCAAGAAGAGUUUUUUUUUUUAACAAGCUUGCAAAAUGUUUAUUUUGAAACGUAGAAAAAUGAAAACUCAAUAACAAUAUUUUUUUUUAAAAAAAAGAAGAGUAUUAUUUUUUUUUACCAACCUCAUAUUUUGAUAUUCAUUUCAGGUUAACAAUACAUGCAAACCUAUACUUACAUACACAAAUAGCAGUUAUGGGAACAAUACUUUGCUUUCUGCUCAUUGGACAUUGCAGUGCCCAGUGAGUCAUAUUAACCUAGCUUUCCCACAUUUCAAAAAGUAAAAAACCAGGACACCCCAAAAUUGUUGACCUUUUUUUUGAAUGACUUGCCUAAGAUGCAGGACAAAGCGACGCCUUUCGGAAAUUCCCCUGGACAUAAAUUCCACCUUUGAAAUCCCAGUAAUGGCAACCCUAGAUUAACCAAAAUGUCUAUUGAUCGGUAAUGUGUAAGCACUGGUAAGCACAGCAUGUUUAAAUCCAGUGACAGGUAUGUGUGACAGAUAGAUAGAUGUGUGUGUGUGUUUAUGACUGUUAAAUCAGAUCACCUGAAAUUCAAAACAUAAAAGAGUACAGAUUUCAGAUUUCCUUUGGUAAUUUUCUUUCCUCACUUCUUGGUUGAGAAGUACCAAGCAGAGCUUUUUUAAAACAACAACAACAACAAUAACACCCAUAAUCUGAAGUCCUUUGAUUCAGUCUGUUGCAAACAGUUCAAUAUGGCUUCUGCCAUAUGUAAUAUGGGAUCCUGAACAGGCUCAGCUCCAUAAUUUUAUUUUUGUGCAAUAUCAGGACAAUGGGUGAGGGUGAUGAGAGGCUGCUGGAGGCAGGGCUUGUCAGAAAACCACUGAAGAAGAUUUUCUGAGAGGUUUCCAUUGCCUGUGCUAAUAAAGGUUGAUUUGAAAUCACAGGAGGGUCAAGUAUCCUACUUGACACCAUUUCAACAGAAUCAGAGGCAAAUGAAAUUUUAGUGGCUUCAGGGAGGGAAGCAGCAGCCUGAUUAUAACGAACAAACCUGCUUCCAGAUUAAACGAAGGAAAUGUACGCAUGCAUAUCAAAUAAGACCACUUGCUGAGUCCUGCUGGCUCCUAAAAUAGAUCAUUGCCCUUUUAAAACGGCAGUUGCUAUGUCCGAACACACUUUAUAUAGCAAAGUACACCGCAAGGUUGAUUUUAAUUUUAAAACUGUGUUGAGAAUUUAUACCUCAUUUACCUGCAGUGACGCUUAAGGAAACAUUUGCAUAAUCGCAAUGUACCAAGACAAUACAACAAACAAGAAAAAUCCAUCCUAAAACCAGAUCUUAUGAAAACUAAUAAAUCAUAAAAGAAAAGACUUGUCAUAAAAUUAAAAUUGCAUCAUAGAUAUGCCCACCCAUAUUAACAUUAAGGAGAUCAAGCACUAAAAUAAGUUACAUUUUUUUAAUGUAAUGCAUCUAGAUGGGAGAUCAAAGGGGUUGUAUUAUUUGCAUAUAUCAAGGCUAGCCAACAGAAUGACCUGAAGUUGUAGGACUACAGCUCCUAUUAGUUCCAGCCAGCAUGUCCAAAGGUCAGGGAUGGUGGGAUAUGUAGUCAGAGAACCUCUGCAGGGCAUCUCAUCAGCUACUCUAGGUGUAAAUAUUAUACUGCUGAAUUUCUCCUUAAUUUAUGGGUUUCUGAAUUACUGGAUUUUUUAAAAUAGGAGCCACACUGAUUAAAUGCUGGAGUGGGUUUACCAGAUAUAUAUUCUGAACUUCUGCUAGUGCAUAAAGGCGAACCAAGUUUAUAAAAAUUUAUAAGAAGAAAAUGCACCAUGAGGAAAAGACAUGCAGAAAAUCUGUUAUCGAUAUCAUGAAAUAUCUUUUAUUUGAAGGCAAUUCGGGUUGGGAAGAUACAAUAGAAGAUGGAGUCCUGUGCCCUUAAUUGUUGGGUAGAAGAGGAAUUUCAGUAGGUAAUAGCUUACAGGUAAACCACACCUGCUGAACCCCCCCCCCCCUUCUGCACAGCUAUUAAAGGCAGGGGCAGAGGAAGGGGGGGUGUGGCCGCCCCGCUUAUUACCACUGGGUGUGUGUGUGACAAAAUGCUAGGGGGCACUCACUGUGAGGCCUGCAGCAUGCCCAAGUCAUGCGUCUCUCCUGGCUUAGGUGCUUGCAGGCUCUGCGCUGCCCAAACGCUCUGCCCGCUGCCUCCCCCCAGCUGUGGGGCGGCUGAGUGGGAGGAGGCAGGCAGACUCCAGAGGCCCCAUGGUACGCCCCUAUGGGCGGCUUGCCCCAUUCCUGGGUGCGCCAUCCCAGGUGCCCAAGUGGCUUCCUCUGCCACUGAUUAAAGGUGCAGGAGUCUGUUCUCUUUUGCACCUGGCCUUUGUAGGGCAAUUGGAGUGGUCUCCAUGAAACUUUGGUAAAAUAAUAUCAGAGUGAAACUAGGAGGAUAUCCCUGUUCUGUUCAAAAAUGUUGGGACCCACCAGUUAACUGACUCUGCGCCAAGUCCUUACCAAGUUUAUAUCUGUGUCACAGUGACAGACACACUCUUUUGGGGACAGGUGCAUAACUAGUUGUUUGUAGAAAAAGGCAAAAUACGACCCUUGAACAAAAUUUCUCUUAAUGUUCACAGCCUAAGCCUAGAGAUGGCAUUACAAGGAAUUAAUGAGCUGUCCGUUCAUUCCACUGAACAGUUGUGCAGAAUGUUUGAGGUUGUUUGUACCAGAGUAUAACUAAAGCAGAAUUGAGUUUACAAGUAGCUGUCUGGAUUAAGUAGAGACAGAGAAUAUACUGUACAAACAAGAUUUUAAGAGGCAUUUAACAAAGCACCAGAGCCUCUGUUCCAGCAAGUAAGUUUUCAGGCUGGUGUGUAAUAAUGGUUGUGUUAGUAAAAACAUUGCCAACCUGUGGGACCGAACUGGUGUUGAGGGUCAACUGGGAACACCUUACUGGUGAAGCAGGCUGGGUUGCCUCUGCAAUAUCAUGAGCAGCCAGCAGCGUUAGAUGUAGUUAACCAGCAUCUCACGUUUGCAUGAGAGAGAGGAGGGCAUUAUACUAAUACUUUCCUGGCAGGAGAGAUACCAUGAUCACACACCUUCCAUUUUGAAGGGGUUGCAUUCUAGAUAAUUUUACAUUCCUUUAUUUUAAGCAUGUCUAAUACUUUUUAUUGUUAUGCAGUGCCUAGUCUGCUUUAGCAAGCUAAUCCUGGGACUCGGCUACAUUAGUCAAAAAGCAGUGUUUUGAAUGCAUUAUAAAAAUGAACACCAGAUGGUGCUGGAGAACAAAACAAAAUUUAUUUAGGAUUUUCCAUAGUGCUUUUCCCCCUUAAGUUAUAACAAUUUUAUUUUUUACUUAUUUAUAUCAGUUUCCCCCCCUGUGUGUAGAUCCACCCCUGUAUUUAAAUUGCAUUGAUGGCAAACUGCCUUGUACAUUUUUAAUUGUAGGGCUGUGUGUGUGUGUUUAUAUGUUCUAUAAUCAGGAAAAAAAUCCUUUUAACAAUAGGAGCUUGUGAAAGGUAACAACAAGAGCAUUCUUGUUGUUUAAUAUUAUUUAUAUAACUCCCUAAAUUACACAAACUUCACAGUGUCUCAAAAGACACUGUCUUUUGAGGCAUCAUGCAUGUAAAAAAUUAAUUAUAUUUGUAAGAAUAAUUAUUACAAUAAAUCAGAGCAGCCUAAUCCUAUAGUAUCUAUGCAGGAUAUAUAUUAUGAAACAGAAUAAAUGCAUAAACAAGGAGCUACAGUUGAGGAACAUAAUGUGGAUUCAUCUGCUAUGGUGAGCAUCUUCAUAUCCAGUCUUACUUAGUGAUUUUCUCUGUUAAUGAAAUGGUUAACCACUGAAUCAACUAGUCUUGGUAUGGUGUAUGAAAUAUGAAAUGGAAGUUUUCUGUUUCAUUUGAAGGAAUAAAAGAAGGCAAUGCAUCGGCCUUGUGUCAUUAUCUACAUAUAAAAAUAUUAAUCUUUUAAAAAAAAAUAAUCACAGAAGCAAUGGGUUAAUGGCACAGAUAUUUGCUAAGUAAUUUUCUGCUUUGUAUUGACAGAGUCAGAGGACAUUUUAAUUACUGUCACUGCCCUUUUGGCCUGCUUGAACAGUUGCUGCAACCCAUGGAUCUACAUGUUCUUUAGUGGGCACCUCCUGCACGACUUCAUACGGAGCCUCCUGUGCUGUCAGAAAACUGGGCAGAGGCUGAAUAAAGAAGAUUCUGAGAGCAUCAGCAGAAGACAUACUACUUUCACCAACAACAGAAGCCCAACAAACAGUUUGGACAUGUGCAGAAAAUCUCCAGAUUUAGCACAGUCCAUUAGGUCCAUCCCCAUUACAUCCUGAAGCGUAUAUUUAAAAACUGGCGUCCCAUUGAGUUCCAGAACAGCACUUUUAGCACUUUAGCCAUUCGUUACCACGUGACCCAUGAACUAACAAGAUGAGAGUAACUUUUUUGGGAAAAAACACAACCCAAAUAUGAUGGUUUUGCAUCAAUGUAAAUAAAGUUUGUAAAUCAAUCUAUUAAAAAGUAUAGGAAUAUAUAUGUUCAAUGAAAAAGAAGGGAAACAGUAAUGCGUGUAAAUAUUUUUCUACAAAGCUACAGUAUUAACUUCACAUUUGUUUGUUCUCAGACUCAAUUACGUAUAAAUUAAAUGCAGUGUGACUGUAAAUGCAGUUGGUACUUCAAAACAGUCAAAAUAAUUGCCCAGAUCCUCGGCUGGAAUGCAGUCCUGGGCACUGUUUACAUGUAGCUCUCAGAGAAAUAAGUGAGCCUGACACAUGUAACCUGAGCACAGGGCUGCAAUGUUGGUGCAUUAGGUAUAGCUUCAUGGUUGGUGCCGUUGAAUGGUAGCAUUUGCAAAACAAUGCAAGUGAAGUCCUGAACUGGAAAUCUGUAGAUGAAAUUAAUAGUUCUUGGUUGAGGAACAUCCUGAUACUAUACCAGUGUAGCCCCACAAAAUUAAGGACAUUUGACUAAGUGUAGACUAAAUCUAUGGCUGCCUUUUUACCCAAAUCCUGUGGGAAACUGAGAUCUAAGUGAAUUGGAAUUUUCUAGAUGAUACAAUAGGAUUCACAUGGAAUUUCCAGCUAAUACACACUUUCUCAUUUAGUGAAGUGUCAGGGGAAACACUUUGUAGUGGUGAGAGGGGGAAAGAGUGGUAAUAUAGGGUGUGUACUGGGAAACGGUUGCAUGUAUUGCAUCCACUGUGAGCAUCAGAAUUCCUUCUCUUUGAAGAAGCCUAUAGGCGCUCUCUCUCUCUCUCUCUCUCUCUCUCUCUCUGUGUGUGUGUGUGUGUGUGUGUGUAGGAUUCAAUCCUUGCUUAUAAUGGGCUUUGGAAAUGUUCUUAAAGAACUCAAAAUGGGAACAGGGUCCACAAAAGAAUGGUAAUAUCUUCCUCAAAAAGUUUCAAGUCAACAUUGCUAAUGCUGAUUUGCUUCUUGCACCCCUGAACAGACUAUACACAGAUAGUCCAUUCAGAGGGCCUGAUAAAAGGCAGGAUCAUGUGGUUGGCUUGAAGGCACUCAUAAGAUGGCGGUGCCCUCUGAUCUCUUUCUAGAUUUUAGUGUGGAACACAGUUUUAUUUAGGAAAGCAGCUGAAGCCUGGAUGAUUGAAUUAAUAUCAGGUGGGGCUGUUCAACUAAGAUUGACUCUGGGUAGAUGUGUUGAAAUCAAUAGACUUAGUCACAUUCAUUCAUUUCAGUGGCUCUGUUCUGGUUUAGUUGAAUGCCAUCCUUGGAUUUCAUAAUGAUCCUGUAGAAAAUGACCAUAAUCCACCCAGUGUACCAUAUGUCACAAGCCAUCUUUAUAUCAAGUGAUUUUUGUUAAUUUGUUGUUUAUUGGUUCUCGCCACAUCUUCUGCUUGUAAGAGCAGAAAAACAAUAUGCCCUGCCUUUGCGACAAAAUCACUCUGCUGGCUUAUAUUUAGUUAGUGGAUCACAAAACAAACCCCAGGCUUUUCUCAGCAAUACCACUGCCUAUGUAAUUAUCUCACUGUGCAUUUCUUUUCAUUUAAUUUUAUUAUCUAUGGUAGCACCAUAUGUUGUCUUACCCAAAAUUGCUUCUUGUUGGUUUCAAAACAUAAUAUCUCAGCAAUGACUUUGUACAAAUUUCCAACCAUGCACCAUUCUAAGAAUGCUUGCUCUGUGGCACAAGGUUGAAAAUAAUUUACAGAAAGAAAAAAAUAAAAUGAAGUUUUCAAGGAACGGUGCAGGAUUAAAAGUCUAACUCUCUGACUUUGGUAUUUUCUCACAUUACUAAACUGCUGUGGAAUGUAGUCGAGCUGCGUCAUUUUUCUAGUGUUAUACGUGAACACUCAAAUGAAAAGGAUGUUUUCAUUUUAUUUCUGUUUCCCUGUCCUGACUUGGAGCAUAUCAGAUUAUCACCCUAGCAGAGACUCUCCUACUAUGAAUUAUAGACAUAUAUGCAACAAUCAGCAAUGCUUUUUCUCUCUUCUAGCUUGAUUGAGUUGUUAAAACUUUGUUUGGCCUUAAUGUACAGCUUGUUAAACCUUGUUUGCCCUUAAUGUACAGCUUGUGACAUCCAUGAUUGUGUCUUGCUACUUCUGUUGUCCUUUUGCAUUGCUUGUAAUUUCUUUGAAAUAACUAACCAGAGGG